UCCCUGUUCACGAGCAUCAACUGUGUUGUAAGCAAUGCACUGCUUCCAUACAAUAUUACCAUAAUGUCUACUGUGCCUGAAUGUCGACAUCUCACCCGACACACGGUACCAGCUUUCAGGGAGGGUGUACGGUGAAGCAUGGCCUAUUUUGACGCCGUCUACCCCCAGGUGCACUACACGCAGCUCCCCAGCAGACCCUCAACGACCGACGGGUGCUACCUGUUUAUCCUGUUCCCCACCCACGGGGGUAAGAACGUGCAGGAGGCGGGGCAGGACUGUGUGAGGGCCAGUCGGACCGUCGGGAUAUACGGCGGCAGGUUUGUCGGCAUUGCCAGGAAGGUGUUCAGUUAUGGCUACGAGUCGUCGAUGGAUGAAGGCUGCAUCGUUUUCUACUUCCCGUCACGUGAUGCCGCAGACAAGUUCUUCCGGUCCGACGCCAAGUUCAAGCAGCCCGACUUCCCCCAGGGUGCCGGUCACUGCCAGGCGUGGGUGGUGGACCGCCAUUACACCCCAGACAACGAAGGAGCACUGAACACAUUCAUGAUCUCGGAGAUCCGACUGAAGGACCCCGACUCCUACAUGCACUACAAACACAACUUUGCCACGCCUUUCGCCGACCUCCUCCAGAAGUACCACUCCCAGCCCUACGUCGUCCAGACCCCCAGCGUCAUGGGCAUCCGGCGCUUCUACAAGGACCCCAACCACAUCGUCACCGUCCACCUGUUCCGGAGCCCCCUCAACCUGGAGGAUGUCAUGAAUGAUGAUAUGUACCAGAACCUAAGAAAAACUCACAAUUCUCUGGCUUACGAAAUGACGACAGUUUUCACAAUCGACCCGAGAGCCUGCCCAUAGCCUUGGUCACACCCCUGGCGUGUGGAGACGACUACAGUGAAUGGACACACGUCUGACUGCCUGUAUUUGUUAUUUAAUGUUAAUGUGUAUGUUUGAGAUGCUACACGUGCAUCAUUCACCAGACUGUUUCGGCGUUGGGUGGUCAAAGAGAGGCGAAGGUCUGGUCUGAUGGUUGCCGUGGCCCAUCACCUAAAACAACGUUUGCCUUUCCAUGCUUAUAAUAAUUAUCAAUCUCGACUGAUUGUUCUCAUUGCUCUAGUGUUUGAGUGUACACACGAUGGGGGUAGCCUAGUGGUUAAAGCAUUCGCUCGUCAAGCUGAAGACCCGGGUUUGAUUCCCUACAUGGGUACAAUGUAUGAAGCCCAUAAACGUCGCGAUAUUGCUGGAAUAUUGCUAAAAGCGGCGUAAAACCAAACUCACUCACUCACAUACGGCAUCAUUACAAUGUUGGCACCUCUGCUCAGUGAGUCACCUUUUACAGGUCGCUUCAGUCACCAAAUGUGAUCGGGCAGACUACCCUGUACAGGUGGAAAGAUAAUGAUGUACAGAUGUAGUCGUGGACCUUUAGGCUGUCUACUGUCGUAAUGGGGAAUAGUUCGAUCAUAAGGUUAUGUGUGUAUAUUCUUCUGUUCAACUGGACGAUCUUAGCUCUAUAAGUAUGUGCUAAGGUUAUUACAUAUCUAUUUAAACAGUGUAUACUAAUCACUUAUUGAAAGGGACAUAAAUAUGACACACUAUUUACAUACUACAUAUACAAAUAUAAUUCAGUUUGGGUAUGUAACAGAAUAGAGGAAGAAUAUGUAUCGAGCGUUGAGUAGCACAUGUGAAGUGUAUAUGUGGCGGUUGGAGAACAGCACUAUUUUAACUGAUUCCCUUUAAAUUUAUAUCAUUUUACUUUCGCGAUUUAAUAUGUUGGCAUAUGUGUCCCUGAAUCGCAAAUAUAUGAGAAACUUUACUCGAGUCCUAUUUAAGUUUUCCAGAACUUAUAGGACGGCUAGAACCAAUCUGUUGAGAUAGACCUAAUUUGGGUACUUCAUAACUUCAUCCUUACUCUACGCAGCUUAUCUUAUUCACGAUUGUCCUCGCUGGUCGUCCACAGGAACUAGCUGAACUACAGGCGGUACAACAGAGCUACAACAAUGCCUUGGUGAUAUGUUAGAUGUGCUAUCUGAGAAGACUGUUUCGUACUUUAAAACAAAAAGUUGAUAUAUUCAUAAUUACCUUUGAAUUAUUCAGAAAUAGACUUGGUUUAAUCCGAACAUUAGUUUCCAGGAUCUGCAGGUCGGGGUUCGAAUCCCGCUUCUCCUCGAUUAUGACCCCACGCCUGAAUUCGUGGGUCCAAAAACGACGUGAACGUCUCUGUAACGCUGUACCCUCCCAUGUUGCACGCGUUGAAGUACGGUUUGGCCUAACUCACUCACUCAACCUAGUAUCCAGUCACAUAUCGGUAUAUUUAGUUCAGGGAUAGUAGACAAGCAUUCAGAACUUCAUCUCGAGGACGACGUUGUGGUGAACAUCCAUAUACAUGUACAUCCAAGGUCAGAUAACUCCGUCAACCAGGUUUGUGUGUAUCUAACUGCUAUGUAAAUCUAUCUUGCAUCGAGGUCGUCUUUCUCAUGCUUGAAUUUGUUUUUUUGCAGUAAGACUAUAGUCUCUUUUCCAGUUUACUUUUCAUUGUUAUUUAUUUACAGUACCUAUAGGAAACAUCAAGCCACCCUGUGAUAUAUGUAAAUACUGAGAAAUAAAGUCCGUCCAUUUUGUUAA